AUGGAAAUCGGAGAACAAGAAUCAGUGUUGGAAAUCAAGAAACGUUUAGGACAGUUUCUUCAGAUCCCAACAUCUUCUUUAACUCUCUUUGUCUCUUGUUGGGAACUUCUCGACGGUCUCGACAUCGAAGAUUACCCAAUCAUCUCUCACGGCACCAGAAUCGACCUCACCGUAACUCCCUUUUUCACCGAACCACCACCGUCUUUUACUAGCCCCGCCGUUAAAAAAUUCCACGUUACCGUCAAGUUCCCGUCAAAACAGUUCACCAUCGAAGUAGACGGAACCGAAACGGUAAGUAGCUUGAAGGACAAGAUUCACAUUGUGGAGAAUACACCGAUAAAGAGAAUGCAGUUAUACUUCUCAGGGAUCGAACUAGACGACGAUUUUCGAAACCUAAACGAAUAUGGAAUCAGAGAAUUCUCAGAGAUUGUCGUGUUUCUCAAGUCAAUCAACCGAGCUAAAGACGUUGCUCCUGUGAGGACACUCUGUUUCUUGGUGCAGACGUCAUCGGCUUUAUACAACGGUGCAAGAAUACCUGUGGAGAUUAAGGAUUCUUGCACCAUCUCGGAGAUGAGAGAAGGGUUACAAGCGAACAAGACGUUGCCACGAGACGAGUAUAUAUUCGUGCACAAGCAACGGAUUAUGCGAGAGAAUUGUAGUCUUCGGUGGCAUGGUGUUGAAAAUGGUGAGACUCUUUUUGUGUUUAAAGGAUCUAUUAGUCGUGGAGGUUACUGA